AAUCUAAGGGUAUUUUUAUUAUUUCAUCAUGAUAUAAGUUAUUUCAAAAUUAGUAUUCCAUCGAGAGGCCAGGAUAACUUAUCCUAGCACUAAAUGUUAAUCAUGGGAUAAGAAAUCCCAAAUUUUGUAACCAAACUUGAAAUAGGAGUACUAAAAUUUUAUCCCAAAUUAUCUCUUCUUGUCCAUCACACCAAACGUUUCUUGUCCUUGUAUCUUUGUAGCUUGUUACUGGAAAGAUACUGGUCCUUUGUUAGAACACUUUCUUAUAACUUUAGCUUGCUAAAUUCCACUUUGAUUGUUAAGGAAAUAAUACAUUUUACAUCGAGCUAUAUAUGAAAGACGGGAAGGAAGGAGAAAAAGAAAGUAAAGUAGCAAUACAUAUUAUAUAAACAAAUCACACUUGAGCUAAUACUAACAACCUGAGUUUUGAGUGAUAUCAACUUUGUUGAUAUAAAGUUUGGAUUCUCAUCAAAUUCUUCCCUUACUCUCCAUUAUCCAAGCUGCCCCUUCAAAAAAGAAAAAGUAAAGCAAAAUACUACUAUUAAAGGAAAAGAUAUGUUUUUCAAUCUGAUAACUUUUGGAAGUGCAAGAUUGCUUUUUCCUGGCUGUUAAAUUUAUGAAAUGGAUUUUCCCUCAUGACAUCUUUUCAUUCUCUUAUUGAUAUCUUUUUCUUCAUCUUGCUUCUGUCUUCUCUUUUCAUCCUUCUUAUUGAGGUUUCUUCACUAACAGUCGCGAGAGUUAUUCAUCUUCAACUUGUGUAUGCAAAUAUAUCUCAGAAGAAAGUUCUGGAAAAAGAAAACGAAAAAUGAUGAGUGGCGCGGGUUGUAGGCAUAUCUUGAUUCCGGGAAUUAUAGCCUUAGUGUUUAUAACAAUGGCACAGAGAUGUUUGAGUGUGGGAGUGAACUGGGGUACAAUGGCAUCUCACCAGUUGUCAGCAGAGAGCGUUGUGAAAAUGCUUAAAGAAAAUGGCUUUGACAAAGUAAAAUUGUUUGAAGCAGAUGAAAAGAUCUUGAAUGCUUUGAUAGGUAGUGAUAUUGAAGUGAUGCUUGCAAUUCCUAACUAUAUGUUGCAAGAUAUGAGCACUGAUCCUGGGAUGGCAGCCUCUUGGAUUGAUGCCAAUGUCUCUGCUUAUGCUUACACUCGUGGAGUCAAAAUCAGGUAUGUAGCAGUAGGAAAUGAGCCAUUUCUUCAAACAUACAAUGGCACUUAUCUACAUUCCACUUUUCCAGCUCUGCGAAACGUUCAAGAAGCCAUCAACCAUGCUGGACUAGGACCAGAGGUGAAAGCAGUGGUCCCCUUAAACGCUGACAUUUACUACUCCCCUGACUCUAAUCCUGUCCCCUCAGCUGGCGAUUUCAGGCCAGAAAUACGCGAUUUAGCCAUUCAAAUUGUUCAAUAUCUCGACUCAAAUGAUGCACCAUUUGUGGUUAAUAUCUAUCCUUUCCUCAGUCUCUAUGAAAAUGAUUAUUUCCCAUUAGAGUAUGCCUUCUUUAAUGGAUCAAACAAGCCUAUGAAAGAUGGCGAGUAUCUUUAUACUAAUGUGUUUGAUGCCAAUUUCGAUACUCUUGCAUGGUCUUUGAAGAAAGCUGGCUUUCCUAACAUGAAAAUCAUAGUUGGCGAAGUAGGGUGGCCAACAGAUGGAGAUAAAAAUGCAAAUAUCGAUAAUGCCAAAAGAUUUAACCAAGGAUUGAUUCAACAUGCUCUAAGUGGAGAAGGAACCCCUGCAAGGAAAGGGAAAAUAGAUGUUUGCUUGUUCAGCCUGAUUGAUGAGAAUAGUAAAAGCAUUGCUCCUGGUAACUUUGAGAGGCAUUGGGGCAUAUUUGAGUUCGACGGAAAGCCCAAAUAUGAGCUGGAUUUAUCUGGCCAGAAGAAGCAUAAAAGCCUAGUUGCAAUACAAGGUGUUAAUUAUAUGCAUAAAAGGUGGUGUAUACUAAAGCCACAUCCACAAAAAGAUGCACAAACUUACUUGGCAAAGAGUGUUGAUUACGCGUGCAGUCUUUCUGAUUGCACUGCUUUGGGCUAUGGUUCGUCCUGUAAUCAUCUGAGUGCACAAGGAAAUGCUUCCUAUGCUUUCAAUAUGUAUUAUCAAUUCAAAAAUCAAAACAGUUUGGACUGUGAUUUCGAAGGAUUGGCUACAGUAACUUAUAAGGAUCCAUCCGACGACAAGUGCCAUUUUCCUCUGAUGAUUGCUGACGGUCGUAGAGUGAUGCUGUUGCACAAGAAUUUAGUGUAUAUCAUACUGGCUAUUCUCCAAGGGUUUCUAGUAGUUUUGCUGCUCGUUUCUUAAAGAGGUGAUGAUUUGUUUCUUUUUCUUUUCUUUUCCUACAACAAGAAGAUGAUGUAAAUAGUAACAGAAUACAGGUCAUUUUUCCAGCAUUGAUAUUUUAAAGCAUCAUAUU